UCCGCCCUCCGACACCGCUAGUCCGCUACCUUUAUAGCUCUAGCUUCCUUCCUUCAUUCUCUACCCAUGCCUUCAUCUUCGUCGUCUUGCAGCCCCGCAACAGUCGUUAGCUUAGAGCAUCGCACCUCAUCGUUCCACCGUCCGUCCGUCCGCUCGUUCGCGUGAUCUGUUUGAGAGUUGGGGAAUGGAGGCCUACGUCCUGUUCGCGCCCGCCAAGGAGGUGAUCAGGUUCGAGGAGCAGGAGGAGGACAUCGGCUGCCCGUCCGAGUCGUCCGCGGCGCGUUCAACGUCGUCGUCCUCCUCCUCGUCAGACGGGGUGGACCUCGCCGACGACGCCAGCUCGUCCGGGUCCAGCUGUCACUUCGAGAUGGCCUCCCUCAUGACGCAGCUCCCGAUCAAGAGGGGCCUGUCCAAGUUCUUCGACGGCAAGUCGCAGUCGUUCGCGUCGCUGGCGGCGGUCGGCGGCCUCGAGGACCUGCCCAAGCCGCCGGCGAAGCGGCUCAAGACGUCGCGGAGCUGCGGCGUCGGCCUCGAGGACGCGCACCGCCGUGGCCCUCCCUCCGCGACCGGCAGGAAGCAGGCGUCCAGGGCUCGGCUGACGCCGCCGGCGCUCGCCUCGGCGCCGAGAAGGCUGGUGCGAGCGCGGCCGCUCGUACUGGCGAGACCGGCGGCGGCCGGGAAGCCCCUGUUAUUUGCGUAGGGGAUCCGGCGGCCGCCUACCAGGAAAAUCGCUGUGACAUGAUACGGCUGUUAGUUUGCCUGAGACUUGAAAAUGAAAUGGCCAAACGAGAUUUGGCGA